AAAAAGCUUGUGUUGAUUUAUCUGAACUGUCCAAGAUCAUCGGCAGAGGUGUUACCGAAAUUUCAUCUUUCCUCAGAUGACAAGUGACUAGGAUAUUUAUUCACACACAUUUAUAUCAUUUGCUCGUGUUAGAGAGAAAAUGGGUUUCAAAAGUUCCCUGGCCCUGGUGUUUCUUCUGACAAGCUAUGUUGUAUCAGCUAGUGGCUUCAAGGGUUUCAAGGUAGUGGAGUCAUGCGUUGACCCCAACAGUUUCAAUGGUGGACCUGUCGCACAAGCGGAGGGUCACAGUGCCUCAGCAUGUGCUAUUUUAUGCAGCAAUGAGACACGGUGUCGUUCCUUCACGUUUCGACUUUCCUCUUCAACAUGUUUCCUCCAUGGCAAAUACAUCACUGACUGGCCAUGUGGACAAUCUAAUGACGUCCACUACAACGACGUAUACAACCCUUGUCAACAUGGUGGCGAUUAUAAUGCAGGCACAGAUGUCUGUCAGUGCUAUAACGGUUACCUUGGUAACAGAUGUGAGAGGUUAAUGACAGACUGUUCAGACGGCGUCAGUUAUUACAGCGGCAAGCACGAUAAAUACUUAAUGCAGCCAAGCCUAGCUCCUCGGCCAUUUACUGUGUAUUGCGAAAUGCAUUAUGGUGGGAGAACCAUGUUUCUUAGACAGAAGGCUGGCAAUGAAAACUUCAACCGUUCGUGGAAGGACUACAAGCAAGGUUUUGGGGACGUUACGGGGGACCAUUGGCUUGGCAAUGACUACAUCCACUAUAUCUCCAGCAGCAGGAAACAUUCACUAUUGGUUGAGAUCGUCACUAAUUCGGGCUUUAACCAGUAUUACAUGCAGGACUUUAGUGUCGGAGAUGAAUCCAGUAAGUAUCGUCUGUCAUUCGGCCAUCAUUUUACACACGACCAAGCUGCAGUUAUGUUAGAAGACUGCCUUGGACCGUUGCUCGGUUCAUCGUUCAGCACCACGGACCAGGACAAUGACAACAGUGCCCGGAACUGUGCUCAGGACUUUCAGUCAGGCUGGUGGUUCAAGGACUGCUCCACUUGCAAUCCCACAGGUGUGUAUGAGGCAUCCCCUGUCGGUGGACAGGCUGGCGGCGCUGACAGUGACCUACACUGGACUCCUGGGAAGGGAUUGGGUGCGCAGUCCCCGAGGACGAUGCUCUUGUAUCUGGUCUACAACGACCCACAUACUUGGGGAUGAGCAAACAGCUGUGAACCAAAUGUGUUGAUCGAUGACAGGUCGAACACGUUGAUUAGCGGAUUCAUACAGUUUGCACAUUGGUUUUUCGAUUCAUACCUCAAUGACCCGAAAAAAAUACACAGUCAAUGCUUAUAAUUAAUUUCGACA